AUGUACGUUGGCUCUUACUGUGAACACGUUUUACAGACUGUAUCAAGAACUCGGAAGCUGACAUUACAGGCGGCUAUUGGUUGGCGGCGAGCCGGUGGCAAAAUUGAUUACGACUGCGGUGGCAUCUUGAUCAGUAAGCAGUUCGUGCUGACUGCGGCACACUGCGCCCAGGAUAACGAAAAGUGGGUUGUAGAAAUGAUUGAAACCGGUACGAAGUCUUCACUAUUAACAUUCAACGCCAUCUGUAUUGCAGCAAACGUCCGGAUCUGGUGCUCUGGCAGAAAUAUGGACACUUGCGAGGGUGAUUCCGGUGGUCCGCUCGGUGUGAAGCAGUACACUCUGGGUGGUAUUGAAGUACCGCUGGUAGUUGGUGUUGUUUCGUUCGGUACAGCAUGUCAGCCUGGUUCGGUAGGAGUGUACAGUAAAGUAAGUGAGUACGUGAAGUGGAUCGAGCAGACGACAAAAACGUCCAUGAGUAUCAAAGAUUGCAUCGAGGAAUCGUUUUGUUUUCACGAAAACGAUAUUAACGUAGGCUAUCACUCGUUCAAUGCCAAGAGUCGCUUCGGUUUACUGUGGAACGAGUAUGAUAGCGACCAGAACCAAUGUGGAGCGACACUUAUCGACUAUCAGUAUGUUUUGACGGCAGCUUCCUGUGUAACGACAGGACUAGGUCAUCCAAAAUACGUUAUUGCCAAGAAUGGUGAGCGUGCAGCGAUCUCGAAUGUAUACAUCUCUCCCAAGUAUAGUGCAGGUCGGCCGGAAAAUGACAUAGCAUUGCUGAAGAUUGCCCAGUACACAAAUCUCCAGGCAUAUCAGCCCGCCUGUCUGUGGGAUCGGCAAAGCAGUGGAAUGUGGGAAUUCGAACCAAGAUUUAGCGCUAACGGACUGAAACAAACUUCUCGCAACCCUGUCGAGUCUCUGUUCGUUCGUGCUACCAAUUUUUUGGAUUGUGAAGUACCAUGGGCACUUGGAACGGAUUUGUAUUGCUUUCACAAUGAGGUUGAUCUUCUUCCGGGUGAAUGCGAGAUGGACUACGGCGGACCGGUUGUUGGUUUCAAUAGUUCGGACGGCAGUGCAGCGCAGUUAUAUGGCAUCGUCUCUCCGUUAAGUAGAAGCUGUGAUUCAAAACUGUUUAUGGUCGAUAUAUCACGCCAUAUUCCAUGGAUUAAAGCGAUAGUCGUUGAAAAACUGGAACCUUAUCGUUUUUGGGCUUAGUUUGAAAUGUUUACAUGCAUCGGU